AUGGUUAAGUCUAGUCAGGAUCUUGAAGGUGUGGUAAAGGUCUUUUGUUAUUAUUUUCGUCGAAUUCAACGAAAGAACGACCCCGAGGAUCCGAAUUUCUUAAGAAUUAGUAUUAUUGAGAAAUUUGCCGAGACUCUAGCACUUAAGAGUGGUAAGCUGGCUGAAAAAAAGACCGAAGGAAAGGAGCAUCCGGCUGUAUCUAAUACCGGACAAGUAAUUACUGCUUUGGCAGUUGCCUCAAUCUUUGUAUUAGGGGUUUCCUGGCUCAUAGCUCAUAGAACUUCGCUUUAA